AGCUAUUACACGACUGCAGCUCAGUGGUCCGACAGACAGACAGCAACACUUCGCAUGCUGACGACAGGACACGAGCGCUGACCCACCUUUGACCGACAGCUGUCAGAACCGUCUGACACACAAGGCAGAGAAGCCCCGGUUAAGCAGUGACGCAGAUAAGGCCUUCCCUCCCACCUACAAGGAGCAUCGGCUGGAUCCACCGACUCAAAGUCGAGCUGAAUAUCAUCUACUAUCGACAGAGAAGAUGCUGCUCCUACUACUGGGAAUCGUCCUCCUGCACGUCGCUGGUCUGGUUCUCCUGUUUGUGUCAACUAUUGUCAGCGUAUGGACGACAGGUGAAACAGGCACCUCAGACCUCUGGAUAAACUGCUCUACUGCCAACGGAGGAUACCACUGUGACCCGGCAACAGCUGGAGAAUGGAUUCAGGCGGUCCAGGCCCUCAUGAUCCUAUCCAUCAUCUUCAGCUGCCUGUCUCUCUUCCUCUUCUUCUGCCAGCUCUUCACUUUGCAGAAGGGCGGACGCUUCUUCCUCACUGGAACCUUCCAGAUCCUUGCCAGUUUGUUCGUGAUGAGCGGAGCCAUCAUCUACACGGUGAUGAGUCCGCAGUGGGUGCCGGGCACGGACGGCUUCGGCUACUCCUACAUCCUGGCGUGGGUGGCCUUCCCUCUGGCGCUGAUCAGCGGACUCAUCUAUGUCAUCUUGAGGAAGCGAGAAUGAGCCCGCCACUCCAUCCCAGUGUUCCCAGUAACCCCCUGCCCGACUGCGAGUGUCAUCAGUCCCACUCUGAAGUAAAUAAAAAAUGCCUUAGUACCAAUGGUCCCUGAAGCCACGAGGCCAACACACCGAGAUCACAGCGAGGGGGGGGAGGGGAGGUAAUACCAAAAAUCAACAAGCAAACCAACACAAAACAACCAAUACUGUCUCAGUUAAAAGAUGUAUAUAGUAUCUAUGGUUUAAAACCUAUUUAUAACACUUUUUACAUAUAUGUACAUAGUUGUUGUGUUGCUCUGUCAAUGGAUACGUGUAUGAGCUUUGUUUUAGCUGAUUAAGUGCCUCAAUGUUUGUUUGUAAUGAUGAAAUAAUUAGAUGCUUUUUUGUUGUGUUUCCCUAUUUUUGUUGCCUUUUUUUUGUUUUGGUAAUUGCCAAAGAAUUAUAUAAAUAAACAAAAGAAGCAAAAAAGGUUACUUCAAGUAUUUUAACCAAAGUGCAUGUAUAGAAAUAGAAGGGUUAGAAGAAGAGAGAUUUUUUGAUGGGCUUGCUUUACAAAAAGAGUGGUAACAUCCCUGGAUGUAGCAUAGCCAGGAAAUAUAGAUUUGGUCCUUUUUUCUAUUUUUUGAAUUUUAAAGUUUCAGUGUUUUUUUUUUUCCUCAAUAUUUUUCUAUUUCUUAUUUUCAACAAAAGAUGGUGCUAUGUAUUUAUCAUUCCUAUUACUGAUAGCAAUCAUUUACAACAGAGUUACCUUGUUCUUGUUUUAGAGUCAAACAGCCAUUCAUUAAAGUGGGAAUCAGACGGCGGUACACCUGUUCAUACAGUGCCUGACUGCUUCUUUAGGGGAACACAGUCUAUUUCACGUUGCAGUGUCUGAUUUCUCUUUUUGUUCAUCAGCUACUGUAAAAUGAAUAACUGAGUUUGGGGUGGUGCACUGAUGAAAUCCAAAUAGAAUGUCAGUAUUAUUCUGCGAGUUUGUGAAGAGUUGGAUUACAGUGAGAUUAAUUCAUAUUGGCUUUAUUUUCGCUCUGUUUGCCUUAAUUGUACCCUAAUUCUGAUGUUUGUGUUCACCCGGUUGUUAAAGCCUCAAGAAGCCAAAUUGCCUUUUAAGUAGAAUACUAUCAAGAAAAUAACAAUGUGGGGCAUUAUAGCCUUAAAAAGAAGUAUACAUUUGAUAUUACUAGAAAGAAAGAAACGCCACUGAGUUGAAGCCAUAUAAGAAAAUAACCAGAUGAUAGGAAAAACAUAUGUAUUAUUAACUCUAUAUGUGAUGAAAAGGACAGAGAGGUUUGCAGUGACGAUACAAAUGUCUGUUUCACAUACUUGAAGUUUGACAUGCUGCCGUCUCUGCCCGAUGACUUCUGCAUACAUUUCUCCCUUCUACUGUGUAAUAAGCUUUUCACGUUUUGCGGCAUAACAGAUGGUGAUGAGAAUGUAGCCUAAAACACUCACUUACUCAAUAAAACUUACUUUCACGUUAUCUAAUACUGUGUAUUCCACUGUUACAAGGGACUGGAUUCAUGCUAACACUUGAUGCAUGCAGAAUCUCUAGUACUUUUUCUCAGCUGUCUGUCUCUAAACUCUGAAUCAUACAUAUAUAUAUAUAUAUAUAUAUAUAUAUAUAUAUAUAUAUAUAUAUAUAUAUAUAUAUAUAUAUAUAUAUAUAUCUUUGGGCUGCAAAAGCAUCAUGUGGGGGAACACUGCCAGUAGAUGGGAAUAGACAUUACAGUGAAAGUGAAUUCUGAACCACUCGUGGCGAUGAAUCUGUUGUGAUUGCAUGUUAACUAUGCUAUGCAAAGAUGUCAGACUGAACCCCAGCGUGCAGCAUGUAAAAUACCUGUAUGCAGUCUACAGCAGAGCAAGUCUAGCUUACAGUGUGCCAUCAUACUCAAAUAGGCGGCCUUGUGCAUGUGGUUGCAAAUGCCGUUAUGUGACUUGUGUUACACACACUGGGGGCGAAGGCACGGCGGUUGGCACCCGACGCCAGUCAUUCAGAACAUGCAGCUAGUGUUUCAGUGUCAUCGGUGUCUCUCUCAGCAUCAGAAAUAGGAGGACUUGAACGUGUCUUGAACACUGUAAGCAAGGGUCUGUCCUCCGCUUGACAGCUCCUGUGAUAUGCUUCCAAAACAGAGCUAUGUUGUGGUUGGAAUUAAAGUAUUUAAUUCAGAGAUUUCACUAACUAGUCUGCUGUGUUUUUUUGUUUUAGCAUGAUGCUCAUUAUCGGGGUUCAGUUAGAAGAGAUUGCCUCUAAUGACAACUGCCCUACUAUUUUGUGCAAAGCGACAGAGUUCAAUUGUCUACGCCAUGUUUACACCUAAACUUCCAAAUGCUCUUGAUAUUACCAAAGCUACUUUGAGUUUAAAUCAUUAAAGGAUGUUUCUUACCACCA